AUGGGGUCGACUUUUAAGGUUGAUAUCGAGAAGUUCGAUGUGGCGAAGGAAUUUGGGUUGUGGAAUAUGAAGAUGAGGGCACACUUAGGAAAAUGUGAGUUGCUAAAGAACUCGAGGGGGGAUCUCAAUUACCAGCCUCGAUGGACGCGGAGAAAAAGAUGGAGGUGUUGGAAAAGGCCUAUCACCUUGAUUCUUAGUCUCGAUGAUAAGGGAUUCUUCAAGUUUAGAAUGACUAAGGAGAAACAUUUGCAGACGCAUCUCGAUGAUUAUGUCAAGAUUCUCCUUAAUUUAGAAAAUAUCGGGGAUAAAUACAAGGAUGAGGAUAAGGCACUGAUGAUUUUAAAUUUUUUACUGAAGUCGUAUACGACGUUCGUAGACAUAAUCGAGCAUGAGAGGGAGGAGCUUACCCUCGAUGAUGUGAUGAGUGCGUUGAGAUCGAAGGACCAAAAGAAGAAAAAUGAAUAG